AUGCAUCAGGCAUUUUCUAUGAAAGAACUUGGACAUCUUUCAUAUUUUUUGGGUAUAUCUGUUGAAACCUCUGGCUUUGCCUAUGUGCUUUCUCAGAAAAAGUAUGCUCAGGAUGUUCUUACUAAGGUUGGCAUGUUGGAUUGUAAGCCAUGUGCUUCACCUAUAUCUGUUAAGCCUAGUUUGCCUCACAAUUCGGAUGUUCCUUUUCCCAAUCCUUCUUUUUAUAGAGGAAUAAUGUUACACAUUCAGCUUCUUAUUACUAAAAUGCAUCAGGCAUUUUCUAUGAAAGAACUUGGACAUCUUUCAUAUUUUUUGGGUAUAUCUGUUGAAACCUCUGGCUUUGCCUAUGUGCUUUCUCAGAAAAAGUAUGCUCAGGAUGUUCUUACUAAGGCUGGCAUGUUGGAUUGUAAGCCAUGUGCUUCACCUAUAUCUGUUAAGCCUGGUUUGCCUCACAAUUCGGAUGUUCCUUUUCCCAAUCCUUCUUUUUAUAGAGGUUGCUCAAGUAUCUUAAAGGAACUUUGUCGCCUCACCUAUACACCCAGCUCCUUUGCUCUUCAGGCCUAUUCUGAUUCCAAUUGGGCUGGAGACUCUGUUGACAGGAAAUCCACCUCUGGAUAUUGUAUAUUUCUGGGCUCCAAUCUUAUUUCUUGGUCAGCCAAGAAGCAAGCCACUGUGUCUAGAUCAUUUAUUGAAGCAGAGUAUCGAUCAUUGGCUCAUACUGCUGUAGAACUUACUUGGAUUGGCAUGUUACUUCAUGACCUCUGUAUUGUGUCUCCUACAAUUCCUCUUCUCAGGUGUGAUAAUGUCUCUACCAUAGCUUUAGCCUCUAAUCCAGUCUUUCACUCUCAAUCAAAACAUAUUAAUUGA